GGUGUUCCGGUCUUUCCAGGCCGGGUGGGUUUCCUGCCCCACUUUCUUCUGGCAGGUUUUCUGUGUGCAAUGGGUCCGGACUCGGGUCCUUCCCCUGAAGGGCCGUUCUUAAAGUUGCUACCCUUAGACGCUAGAGACCGGGGCACCCAGCGCUGCCGCUUGGGUCCGGCCGCCCUCCGCACCUUGGGCGCGCACUUGGGCUCGGCGGUGAAGAUCUCGCUGCCCGACGGUGGCUCCUGCCUCUGCACUGCCUGGCCUCGGCGGGACGGAGCGGACGGCUUUGUGCAGCUGGACCCGCAGUGCGCGAGCCCCGGGGCGGCAGUGGGGGCCCCGGAGAGUCUCAGCCUGAGCAGCUUCCUGCUGGUGCCCUGUCCGCCCCUGCGGCGCCUCACCGUGUGGCCAGUGUUGCAAGAGCGGGCAGGCGCGCCUGGUGCCCCGAAUCCAGCUGUGGUGCUGGAUGCGGUGCAGGAGCUACUGAGGAACCGGCCGAUCUCCCUGGGCCACGUGGUGGCCGCUCCGCCCGGCGCCCCCGGCCCGGUGGCCGCCCUGCACAUCGUCGGCGGGACGCCCAAUCCCGAUCCCGCCGGGCUGGUCACCCCUUGCACCCGCAUCGGCCUCAGCGAGGAGCCUCCGUCUGAAACGCCGCCGCUGCCCGAGGUGCCCCUGGGUGGUCUUUCGGAGGCGGCCGAUUCGCUGCGGGAGCUCCUCUGUCUGCCACUCCGCUACCCCCGCGCCCUGGCCACGCUAGGGCUAGCGGUGCCCCGCGGAGUGCUCCUGGCGGGCCCCCCCGGCGUAGGCAAGACCCAGCUGGUGCGGGCCGUGGCCCGGGAGGCGGGCGCGAAGCUGCUGGCAGUAAGUGCUUCCGCGCUGCAGGGCACUCGGCCUGGGGAGACCGAGGAGAACGUGCGGCGUGUCUUCCAGCGUGCCCAGGAGCUGGCCAGCCGCGGGCCCAGCCUCCUCUUCCUGGACGAGGUGGACGCCUUGUGUCCCCGGCGGGGCGGUCCACACCGAGCCCCCGAGAGCCGCGUGGUGGCUCAGGUGUUGACGCUGCUGGACGGCAUCAGUGGGGACCGCGAGGUAGUGGUUGUGGGAGCCACCAACCGGCCGGACGCGCUAGACCCAGCGCUACGCAGACCCGGAAGAUUUGACCGAGAGGUUGUCAUUGGAACUCCCACACUUAAACAAAGAAAGGCAAUUCUGCAGGUGAUUACGUCAAAGAUGCCCAUCUCCAGUGGUGUUGAUUUGGGCCUUCUUGCGGAAAUGACAGUUGGCUAUGUUGGCGCUGACCUGACGGCACUCUGUAGGGAGGCUGCCAUGCACGCACUCCUUCAUAGUGAGAGGAAUGAGGACAAUCCUAUGAUUGAUGAAACAGACUUCCUUGAAUCUUUUAAAAAGAUUCAACCCUCAUCAUUUCGAAGCGUCAUCGGACUGAUGGACAUCAAGCCUGUUGGCUGGGAGCAGAUUGGUGGCCUUGAAGAUGUAAAACUGAAGUUAAAACAGAGCAUUGAGUGGCCUCUGAAAUAUCCCUGGGAAUUUGCUAGGAUGGGUCUGACACAACCAAAGGGAAUUCUCCUCUAUGGGCCGCCCGGAUGUGCUAAAACCACCCUGGUGAGGGCCCUGGCCACAAGCUGUCAUUGCUCUUUUGUUUCAGUGAGUGGAGCUGAUCUCUUUUCGCCUUUUGUUGGAGAUUCAGAAAAAGUCUUAUCUCAGGUAUUUCGACAAGCAAGAGCAAAUACUCCGGCAAUUGUGUUUUUGGAUGAAAUUGAUUCAAUCUUGGGAGCUCGGUCAAUCUGCAAAACGGGAUGUGAUGUUCAAGAGCGAGUUCUUUCUGUUCUCCUCAAUGAAUUAGAUGGUGUUGGACUUAAGACAAUAGAGAGAAGAGGAAGUAAAUCAAAUCAGCAGGAGUUUCAAGAAGUUUUUAGUCGAAGUGUCAUGAUUGUUGCAGCAACAAAUAGACCUGAUGUGUUAGAUGAUGCCUUGUUACGACCUGGAAGAUUAGAUAAGAUUAUCUAUAUUCCACCUCCAGACCAAAAGGGAAGGCUUUCUAUUUUGAAAGUCUGCACAAAAACCAUGCCAGUAGGGACUGAUGUCUCCUUAGAAAACCUAGCAGAAGAAACCUGUUUUUUUUCUGGAGCUGAUCUGAGAAACCUCUGCAAAGAAGCUGCCUUGCUGGCUCUGCAAGAAAAUGGACUAGAAGCCACCACAGUGAAACAAGAGCACUUUCUAAAAUCACUCAAGACUGUAAAACCAUCCUUAAGUCUCAAGGACUUGACUUUAUAUGAAAACUUAUUUAAGAAAGGGUUUUCUAACUUAGAAGAUAUUUAAAAAUGACUUUACACACGGUUCAGUUGUUCACAUUAAUUGAAAUGUGAAUUUGCUUGUAGUUUGCAACUUCGCACUUUUAGAAUUUGUGUGUAUAUUUCCUGUAAAUAAAAAAA